AUGGAGGAAGGAUAUGUGCUCCAAGAGCGCAGACAAUCAAAGAACGUGGAAGUAUUUCAAGUCGAUUCAAGUGGGCAUCUUCCACUGGAUGUUUCUUCCAUGGAUCUUGUGAAACGGAGACUCAAGCAACGACAUAUACAGAUCUGCAAGUCCCUGAAUGUCUUGCCUUCGAAUGUUUUUGAUUAUUUUCCUAAGAUUGCUGGUACCUUGGGUACGGGACUAUUUCUAGGCACAGGGGGAGCCAUCCACACAGCUGGGCCACUUGGUGCCUUGAUUGCAUUUGCCCUUGUUGGUUCCGUAGCGUAUUCGUCAUUAUGUUCACUCGGAGAGAUGACCUCUCUCGCUCCGAUAUCAGGAUCAUUUCCCCACUUCGCCUCCCGUUGGGUAGAUCCCGCAUUGGGAUUUGCAGUUGGUUGGAAUUAUUUUUUUACUACUGCGCUCUACGUUCCUGUGGAAAUAUCCGGAGCACAAAUACUGAUCUCUAUGUGGGAUUCACAUCAUGCUGCAGCUUAUACCCUAGUGGUCUGCGUCUUAAUAUGCGCCACCAAUAUAUUUGGUGUGGUAUACUUCGGAGAAACCGAAUUUGCCCUUUCCAUUUUAAAGUUAACAAUGAUCGCUGGUCUUAUCAUUGUUGGCCUCGUCAUUGACCUUGGGGGAGCACCGAAUCAUCAGCGACUUGGUUUUCGAUACUGGAAAAAUCCGGGUGUCUUCGCUGGACCUGGGCUUGAACCUCGGUAUCCUGCACUUGAUAAUUUCCUCGGAAUAUUGAGUGUCAUUACUCAAGCCGCAUUUGCUUAUCAAGGAAUGGAGAUAGUGGCUGUUGCGGCAUCUGAAACGGAAAACCCACGGAGGAACAUUGCCAAAGCUAUCCGCAGAGUUUUCUACCGAAUUCUCAUUUUCUACGUUGAGCAUAAUUGGCUCAUUGUACCUUCAAAUAACAAGGACCUGUUGAUGGGAACUGGUUUCUCUGCUCAAUCGCCGUUUGUGAUUGCGAUGCAGAUUUCAGGAAUAAGAGUAUUACCUGCUGUGGUAAAUGCAGGCUUCAUAGCCAGCGCAUUCUCCGCGGGCAACUCGUUCCUUUUUUGCUCUUCGCGCAUCCUCUAUGGUUUAGCACUUCGUAAACAAGCACCCCGGUUCCUCACUAUCUGUACGAAAAAGGGCGUACCUAUUGUGGCAGUGCUCUGUUCGAGUGCCUUCGCUUUUUUGUCUCUGAUGAAUAUAUCAUCAGGUGCAGAAACUGUGUUCAGCUGGCUCCAGCAUCUCAGUGUCAUGGGUGGGUUUUUCGGCUGGCUUUCGAUUAAUAUAACUUACAUUUUUUUCUAUCGCGGACUGCAAUACCAAGGCAUCGACAGACGGAAACUCCAUUACUGGAAUCCCCUACAACCGUGGCUCUCCAUCUGGGGCCUGAUCUGGUGUAUACUAUUUAUUCUAAUGAAUGGGUAUAACGUGUUUUGGGAUUUUGACGCCUCUGACUUCUUGACGUCAUAUGUGAAUAUCCCGCUAUUCUUUGGAUUGUUUCUCUUCUGGAAGAUUAUACGAAGUACAGUGAUUUGGACACCAGAUGAGAUGGACUUCACUACGGGUAUUCCUAGCAUUGAAGAAACUGAACGUCCUGAGAUCCCUCCGAAAGGCUUCUGGCAACACGUUGCUGCGGUGCUUUUUUGA